UCUCUAAAAGACGUCCAAGAGUAUUGCUUGAGGCAGAUAGUGGAGUCAAAAAGUUCAGUUCUCCUGAAUUGCUUGUAUGUGUUAAAAAGUGGAGAGAUAUGCUUCAAACAGACGUUUAACGGGAGCGUCUCAUUGGUGUGGCUGUUGAUGAAGUGCACAACGUUGUCCUAUGGUGAGUAAUGUUGUUUAUUUAGAUGCUAUUCGGUUGCGGCUGGUUAUUUCAAUAACUGACUUGUUGCCAGCCGGCUCGUUAUUGUGGGGAGUCCGAAACGUGACGCUAGAUGAAACAAACUGUGAUUGGUUGUUUGACAUGUCGGUCAAACAGCUCGUGGGCGGGAUUUGUCCAGAAAAAGCAGCGAAAAACACCAGGGCUGCGUUCAGCCCCGACAAAACGUUGCACAACGUUUAUUAAACAGAAACGGCGAUGUGUUGAACGCCCUGUUGUGAUGACGCAAGAGUUGCAACUACGGUAGCUGAGAGGCCAUUCUUUGUGUUCUUUUUUUAAAUGUUUCUGAAGCCUGAUGAAAUCGUUAUAAAUGUGUGUUUAAUACUGUAAAAGACCCUCAAUGUUACAGUCACCGACUUUAUCGUCCAGAAUGAAAGACAACAUUCCAACAUGAACCCAUUGAGCGAGCUGUCUCUUUACUACCGCGUGGUUUUAUACAUCUUGCCGCUGAUUGGGCCGACAUUUCUGACACACCCACCAAACAAGAGAAAACGCUUCUAAAACCUGUUGCAUUCCGUUGCACACCGUUUCCAGGAAACAUGUCGUUCAACCCGGAAACCGUAGCAAAACGUUGUGCACCGGUGUGAGAUUGAACGUGCCCCAGACCUUCAGUAUUGAAGGUCUGGCUACGCGAGACUAGCUGAACCAUAGAUAUGUAUAAAGGCUAGAUGGCUCAAGGCGGAGUCAGCUGUGUCGUCACUUGGCGGCCAUCUUAGGUCAGUGCUGCCAUAGUGCUGCUCCCUGCUGCUGUGGACGGAAGGUGAGUGACAUACGCCAACUAAAAUGCUCGUAACUUGCUGAAUUCUUGACGGAUUUACAAACGGAACUUCUGAUUACGCUUGUGGAAAAUGCCUGAUUUUUGUGCUGCCUACGGCUGCACCAACGAACGGAGCCUCCAAACCAGAACGCGUGGGAUCACCUUUCACAAGUUUCCCAAAUGUAGCGAGCGCCGGAGACAGUGGGAGCGUGCCCUGAGAAGGGAAGGUUUUGUGGCUAAUGACAGAACACUGCUCUGCAGUGAACACUUCAGAAAUGAAGAUUUCGACAGGACAGGGCAGACUUUCAGACUCAAAGCUGGAGCUGUUCCAUCUGUCUUCAACUUCCCUGCUCAUCUUCAGAGGCCGGUAGCACCAAGAAGCACAAACGCUUCAAGAAAAGCAGGAGAAACCCAGCCCAUGUACCCCGAGAAGGAUCAACCUCCACCUGAUGUUCCACAGCCAUCCACUAGAGAGAGGCAAAGGAGUCGGAAGAGGAAGGCCCCUGACCACCAAUAUGCAAUGCCUUCCUCUCCAAAGGCUCUUAAGGCCAAACUUGAUGCAGCCAUGGCCACAGUGCGUAAAAUGUGGCGGGAAAAGAGCAAUGCCUUGGCAAGGGUAACGAUGGCCAAGAAGAACAUGAAGGCUCUUCUGGAGGAGCUGAAAGCUAAGAACCUCAUCAAUGAAGAGCUGAAUGACAAGCUGGAAUGCUACUCAGAUCUUCCGGUUCACCUCCUGUCAAGACAGGGUGCAGAGUACACCCAGGCCCAGAGAGACUUUGCGCUCACUCUCCACCUGCAUGGUCCUAAGGCGUAUCACUACCUGAGAGACGACCUGAAAAUUCACCUUCCACAUCCCAGUUCCUUGAAAAGGUAUUCUUCGUCUCUAAUUUCAACUACAGUAACAACUUCAGCUACAAAAGCAAUGUGACAGCACAGGAUGACACAGAGUCCCUACCAGCUGAUCAGUCUGCUGUUCAGUCCUACCGCAUAGACACAUCUACCAACCUGUCGGCUGUAGAAAUGUCCUCUGCAGAAGGAGAAGAUCUCCCUUCCCCGUUUGCAGACAUUCCUGCCCUUGUACAAGACCACAGCUAUCUUCCCAAGAAGUUUGAUGGUCUUGUGGAAAAUGUGCUUGUGUACAUUUCAGGAUUUGUGGUGCGACGCACACUAAAAAAGCUUUCCUGUGAUGUCUGCCGGGCAAGCCUGUUGAUGGAUGCUGAAUCUGCCAGUAAGGACCAGAGCUACCAUCUGCUGACGCUGAAAAACAAUGGAGGGCUUGUCAUCCCAUCAGCAGGCACAGUGAAGGUCGUCAGGGCAGCAGAGUGGGUUGUUCGGCAGGCAGUAGCAGAUUCCAGGAGAUCGCAACCCAUCAAACUGCUGGAGGUCCUCUACAUGGUGAGGAAGAGGAUAGGUGGAGAGGAUGUGUUUUUGCUCGGGGAGCACAUCACUGACACGCGAUAUGGCAUUGACAGUCACCACCAUACACUCUUGACUCUGGUUGUGUCCCUCUUCUUCAAGCUAAGGCUGCACCACAUUGCGAAAAUGUCAACGCUUAGCUUGCAGAAAGACAGUGUGAGACAGAAGCUCACAAAAACUGUCCUUUUCAAAGGGCAGUAGCGCAAACUAUUUGUGCACUUAAAGGAUGGGUUUUCAACUGGUGGUCUGUUUAGUUUGCUACUCUUCUUUGAUGUUUGCAUGUGAAUGAGUGGUGUAUGAGUGUGUGCGUGAAUGGGUGAAUGUGGGGCUUUGUAAAGCGCUUUGGGCACCAAGACGGUGUAGAAAAGCGCUAUGUAAGUUCAGACCAUUUAAGAGAGAGGAGGAGAGGGAGGGAGCUGUAUUGAUUAUAUUGUAUUGAUGGAAAGAGUUUUGUGUCCAAUUGUGUCUUAAUGUUUUUUUUUUUUUGUAUAUUUUUUUGUAAGUUUUUUCUAAUUAUGUGCCUUUGGACCUAAGUAAAAAAAACAAAAAACAAAGACCCAUCUCUUUUCUCUUUAUUUUACAGAAUGGCAACUUGAGACAGAUUUAUAUUAUACAUAAAUUUACACAUGUAUUUAAUAAUGUUAAUAUUAGUAAUAAACUAAAUUGCACUAUUUCAUGUUUCAUGUACCUUAUAAAUAUUGACAUCAUUACUGUGUGUGUGUUUAUGGGUAUACCUAGUACUUUACCUGUCUAGUCUGCUUAAUAUACUAUUUUCUUAAUAAACUCCGUGGCUAUAAUUUUUCACAAGUAUGCAGU